AUGCGCGGCCCCAUCACGCGCGAGAUGGGCUGCCGCUCCGUGGACAACUACGAGCGCCUGAACUUCAUCGACGAGGGCGCGUACGGGCUUGUUUUCCGGGCGCGCGACCGUGUGACGGGGCGCAUCUACGCGCUGAAGCAAGUGAAGCUCAACACGCCGAGCAAGGAAGGGUUCCCUGUGACGUCGCUGCGCGAGAUCUCGGCGCUGCUGUCGCUGUCUCACCCGAACGUGGUCGCCGUGCGCGAGGUCGUCGUCGGCAUCUCGACGCAGAACAUCUACAUCGUGAUGGAGUACGCCAACGCCGACUUGCUCUCCAUCCUCACCCGUUUGACCACGCCGUACGACGCCGCGGAAGUCAAGACGUUGAUGCUGCAGCUCCUCAAGGGCGUCGCGUACUUGCAUGAUAACUGGGUCGUGCAUCGCGAUCUCAAACCGUCCAACCUGUUGCUUACGGGCGACGGCGUGCUCAAGAUAUGCGAUUUUGGGCUCGCGAGACAGUACGCCGACCCGUUGGGCAAGUAUACCCCUUGCGUGGUCACGUUGUGGUAUCGCGCCCCGGAGCUGCUCAUGGCGGCGCCGAGGUAUUCCAUCGCCGUGGACAUGUGGAGCGUCGGUUGCAUAUUUGCCGACCUGCUGCUCGGACGCAGCUUGUUUCAAGGGAAGGGGGAGCUGGAUCAGCUGGCGAAGAUCGUAGACAUUCUCGGGGCGCCUGGUGAGCACAACUGGAAGGGCUAUGACGACUUGCCGAAUGCCAGGCGCCUCAAGUUUCGUAAUCAGACCUUUAGCUCGCUUAGACUACGUAUCAAGGACGGCGCAGGGAGUGGCAGGGCUAGCGACCAGGCACUGGACUUGAUCGAGCAGCUGCUGCUGUAUGACCCGAAAAAGAGGAUCAGCGCCGAGGACGCGCUCAAGCAUCCGUACUUUGCAGAAAUGCCGGCUCCCAAGGACCCGGCCCUGGUGCAGUCAUUUCCAGAUGAUAGACGAGGGAAGAGAUAAGCGAGGGAGGCGACAGGUGAGGGAACAAAACAAAAAAAAAAACACAGAGAGAGUAUGGCUUUAUUGGUCUGCUGGGAUUAAGUCUCAAGUUUUUAA